AUGCCAACUGCUAUCGCAAUCGCUGGUAUCAGCAGCACACUUGCUCUUCUCAUCGCAAGAUCACUUCUUCAACGACCUGAUGUCCACAUUCGCGGCUCUUCACGUAACAUGAACAAGAUUCCAGACGAUCUGAAAUCCGACUCGUGCGUUUCAUUGGUGCAGAGCGACCUAUACGACACGGAUACGUUGCGCACCUUGGGCAUACCAUGCUACAUCGCCAGUGAAUACACUAUAGGAUACCGCAGGCUCGAUCCGACCGACCUGGGCCUCAAAAGUUUUACAAACGAUAUCGUAGCAUACUUGAAAACAAAACCCGCGGUUAAGGGCGUGCACAUCAUGAUUGGUUAUUUCAUCGAGGCCUUCCUUGACUAUUUCGACGUCUGGCACCCGGAAGCGAACGAGCUUCGGUAUUGGGGAACUGGUAAUGAGAAAUGGGACUUUACCUCAUAUCAGACAGGGGUGAAAUACGUUGCUGCUAUGGCUCUCGAUCCGGAUGCAUCCGGCUUCUUCAAAUGUAGCAUUCCCUCACUGACACUUUGA